AGUCAGGGGGCAGAAGAAAAGGGAGAGGGAGACAAGAAAGCUUCCUGGAGACUCCAGGGAGUAUUUAUAGAUCCCAAGCAGUCACCUCUGGAGCUCCCACUGAUGAAGUGGAGAACACCGCCGUGGACGUGACGCUGCUUUCACCUUCAUUUUUUCCUUAUUUUUGUCUAAUCGGGGACUCUUUGUUUUUUUUUUGGCGGGAAGACGCUGUUGCGUGUGCGUGUACGUCCAUUUCCAAGGUGUGCGCGCGCAAUGCUCGCGCGCGAGGACGCAGACGCGCGCCUUGGACUAAAAGCGUUGAGUCUUGUUGGCGCCUUUCGCUCCGUGGCGGAUGUGGCGCGUUAACAAGUGCACGCACUUCUUCUAGAAGAAACUACACGCACAAUAUUUCGGCGAAAACAGACGCUUGGCAACAUGAAGAAGAAAAACCGCGAGCAAAGCCUGAGCGACUCCCGGGACCUGGACGGCUCCUACGACCCGCUGACGGGCAAUCCUUCCGCCAUCCAAAGCAAAAAAACCAUAAAGCAGCGAUUCCUCAAGCUGCUGCCGUGCUGCACGCCCUCGCCGGCGCCCUCACUCAGUCAAAGCAACGAAGAAGAUGACUUCGAGCUCUCCACUGUGUGCCAUCGACCCGAAAGCAUGGACAAGCUGCAGGAGCAGACCAAGUUCACCAAGAAGGAGCUGCAGGUUCUCUACAGAGGCUUCAAAAACGAGUGUCCGAGCGGCGUGGUGAACGAGGACAACUUUAAGAACAUCUACUCCCAGUUCUUCCCUCAGGGAGACUCCAGCAUGUACGCGCACUUCCUGUUCGAAGCUUUCGACACCGACAAGAACGGCUCGGUUAGUUUCGAGGACUUCGUGUUCGGCCUGUCAAUCAUCCUGAGGGGGAGCGUCAAUGACCGCUUGAACUGGGCCUUCAACCUCUACGACCUGAACAAAGAUGGCUGCAUCACCAAAGAGGAGAUGCUGGACAUCAUGAAGUCCAUCUACGACAUGAUGGGGAAGUACACGUACCCCACGAUGCAGGACGAUGCACCGAGAGAGCAUGUGGAGAGCUUCUUCCAGAAAAUGGACAGAAAUAAAGAUGGUGUGGUUACUAUAGAGGAGUUCAUUGAGUCGUGUAAAAAGGAUGAGAACAUCAUGCAGUCCAUGCAGUUGUUUGACAACGUCAUCUGAGGAAGAGGAGGACCAGGAAGGUGCUGGUCCGAGGACUGGGGGGGGGGUGGAAAGACACAGUUAGUGAGUGUGUGUUUGUGUGUGUGUGUGUGGACCUUCUCUGGAUUCAAAGCGAGAGGGAAGCAAGAGCCCCGCCCCCGUGAAGCAUCAGUGGCAGACUUCAGUGUGUGACAGAACACUGGGCAGAAGGCAAGCCCACACCACCCUCUCGUUUUCUUCCUCUUCCUCACGGACCUCUACUCUAGAUCCAUAUGAUCCUGAUGCAGCCGGAAGGACGUUUCUGAUGAACAAGCGGGAGGCUCAAACACAUUUUCGGAUGGGAACUGAUUUCAGUGUCGCAUGAUGAUGUCACUUAUAUCGUUAUUUAGCGAGGCGCUCCGAAGUCUGCUUGUCCGUCUGCUGUUUCCUGGCCAUCCACAGGUGCCUCGCCCUUUUGAGCGCGUGCAUGUGCAACAGGAAAGGCCUUCGUCAUGCAUACAGAAGAUUAGCCCCGCCCCUCCCCCAUUCAUGGGAUUCUGGUAGGAUCGUUGCCAACAAGUCCAAGUGGUUCUAGCUUUUAAAAGUAACCCUGAGUAGACUGCAGGCCGUGUUUGUCCACUUGUUGUCAUCCCCAAAGUCAUGUCGCUAUAACAGGUUCUUCCACUUUUAGGAAAAAAAAAAAAAAGAAGUACAAAUUCUAUGAAU